AUGCAAUCCAUCAAGCCCAUCCGCAAUUACAUCCAAUCCAGUAAGCCCAUUCCCGAAUCAGUCCAACUCAUAAGUCAAUUCACGAUUCGAUUAAAUCCAGUAAACCUACUCCUGAUUCGAUUAUAUCUCGACUCGAUCCAAUCCAGUAAACCCAUUCACGAUUCGAUCCAAACCAGUAAGCCCAUUCACGAUUCGAUCCAAUCCAUCAAGCCCAUUCACAAUUCUAUAGAAUCAAGUAAGCCCAUUCACGAUUCGAUCCAAUCCAUUAAGCCCAUCGACAAUUCCAUCGAAUCCAUUCAUAUCUAUCUAUCUAUCUAUCUAUCUAUCUAUAUAUCUAUCUAUCUUUUUUCGCUUCUUUUUGCUUUCUUUUAUCUUUCUUCCUUUCUUUCUCUUUCGCUUCCUUUUGCAUUUUUUGUCUUUCAUCCUUUCUUUUUCGCUUCCUUUCCCUUUCUUUUAUUAUUCUUACUUUCUUUUCUUCCAAGCUUCAUUAUUCUUCCUGCCUUCCUUCCUUUCUUCCUUCCUUUCUUACUUCCUUUCUUUCUUUCGUCCUUCCUUCUUUACUUCCUUCCUUGCUAUCUUCCUCAAUUACUUUCUUUUUUCGCUUUCUUUUUGCUUUCUUUUAUCUUUCUACCUUUUUUUUUGUCACUUCCUUUUCCUUUCUUUUAUCUUUCUUUUUCCUUCCAUUUGCUUUCUUUUAUCUUUCUUCCUUUCUUUCUCUUUCCUUCCUUUUGCAUUUUUGUCUUUCAUCCUUUCUUUUUCCUUCCUUUUCCCUUUCUUUUUAUUAUUCUUACUUUCUUUUCUUCCAAGCUUCAUUAUUCUUCCUGCCUUCCUUCCUUUCUUCCUUCCUUUCUUACUUCCUUUCUUUCUUUCGUCCUUCCUUCUUUACUUCCUUCCUUGCUAUCUUCCUCAAUUACUUUCUUUUUCGCUUUCUUUUGCUUUCUUUUAUCUUUCUACCUUUUUUGUCACUUCCUUUUCCUUUCUUUUAUCUUUCUUUUUCGCUUCCAUUUGCUUUCUUUUAUCUUUCUUCCUUUCUUUCUUUUUCGCUUCCUUUUGCAUUUUUUGUCUUUCAUCCUUUCUUUUUCGCUUCCUUUCUCUUUCUUUUAUUAUUCUUACUUUCUUUUCUUCCAAGCUUCAUUAUUCUUCCUGCCUUCCUUCCUUUCUUCCUUCCUUUCUUACUUCCUUUCUUUCUUUCGUCCUUCCUUCUUUACUUCCUUCCUUGCUAUCUUCCUCAAUUACUUUCUUUUUCGCUUUCUUUUGCUUUCUUUUAUCUUUCUACCUUUUUUGUCACUUCCUUUUCCUUUCUUUUAUCUUUCUUUUUCGCUUCCAUUUGCUUUCUUUUAUCUUUCUUCCUUUCUUUCUCUUUCGCUUCCUUUUGCAUUUUUUGUCUUUCAUCCUUUCUUUUUCGCUUCCUUUCCCUUUCUUUUAUUAUUCUUACUUUCUUUUCUUCCAAGCUUCAUUAUUCUUCCUGCCUUCCUUCCUUUCUUCCUUCCUUUCUUACUUCCUUUCUUUUUUUCGUCCUUCCUUCUUUACUUCCUUCCUUGCUAUCUUCCUCAAUUACUUUCUUUUUCGCUUUCUUUUGCUUUCUUUUAUCUUUCUACCUUUUUUGUCGCUUCCUUUUCCUUUCUUUUAUCUUUCUUUUUCGCUUCCAUUUGCUUUCUUUUAUCUUUCUUCCUUUCUUUCAUUUUCGCUUCCUUUUGCAUUUUUUGUUUUUCAUCCUUUCUUUUUCGCUUCUUUUUGUUUUCUUUUAUCUUUCUUUCUUUCUUUUUCGCUUCUUUGUGGUCUCUUAUAUCUUUCUUUUUCGCUUCCUUUUGCUUUCUUUUAUCUUUCUUCCUUUUUUUGUCGCUCCUUUUGCUUUGUUUUAUCUUUCUUUCAUUUUCGCUUCCUUUUGCUUUCUUUUAUCAUUCUUCCUUUCUUUCUCGCUUCCUUAUCGUUUCUUUUAUCAUUCUUCCUUUCUUUCUCGCUUCCUUUUGCUUUCUAUUAUCUUUCUUCCUUUUUUGUCCCUUCCUUUUGUUUUCUUUUAUCUUUCUUUCUUUCUUUCUUUCUUUCUUUCUUUCUUUCUUUCUUUUUCGCUUCCUUUUGCUUUAUUUUAUCUUUCUUCCUUUCUUUUCUUCCAAGCUUCAUUAUUCUUCUUAUUUUCUUUCAUUUCUUCUAUUAUUCGUUUUACCUUCCUUCCUUCCUUCCUUCCUUCCUUCCUUCCUUCCUUCCUUCCAUCCUUCCUUCCUUCCUUCCUUCCAGCUUCUCUCCUUUUCUUCCUUUUUGUAUGAAGAUCUAUCUAUCUAUCUAUCUAUCUAUCUAUCUAUCUAUCUAUCUAUGUGUAUGUGUAGUGACAACAACAUCAAAACAUCCCAUCACCGGAGUUAA